AUGCUAGGAUAUCACAUCCCUGGCUAUAGCGGCUACGGCGUACAAUACUCCCCAUUCUUUGAUAACAGAUUGGCAGUGGUCUCUGGCUCGAAUUUUGGGUUGGUAGGGAACGGGAAGCUUUUUAUUUUAGAUAUCGAUCCACAGGGGAAGAUUCACGAAUCAAACUCUUUCCUGACCCAAGAUUGCCUCUUUGAUGUUGCGUGGAAUGAACUACAUGAGAAUCAAGUACUUGUUGCCCAGGGAGAUGGAUCUCUACGAUUAUUUGAUACAAAACUGGCUCAAUAUCCAAUAGCUAUCUUCAAAGAACAUCAAAAGGAGGUCUUCAGUUGCAACUGGAACCUUUUAAACAAGAAUACAUUUGUCAGUAGUUCCUGGGAUGGUACAGUUAAAAUAUGGUCUCCAACAAGGAAGGACAGUUUAUUGACGCUUACACCACAACCUUUGAAGACAGUGAAUCGAGUAGAUCACAGUAUGAACAUACCGAUGUCCAACCAGAGAAACCAUGCAGACAUCACCAGAAAUAAGAAUUGCAUUUAUCAGGCUCAAUUUUCACCUCAUGACCCCAAUUUAGUGAUGUGUUGCUCUGGGAACUCUUAUAUAACUAUAUUCGAUUUGAGACAACCACCAUCGCCGACAAAUCAAAGAAACUUUUUGGGUCACUCAGGAUUAGAAGCACUGACAUGCGAUUUCAACAAAUAUAGGCCACAUACGAUUGCCACUGGUGGCGUGGACAAUGUUAUUCGUAUCUGGGAUCUGAGGAUGACGAGCAAAAACAACUCUUCUCCAUCCAUUUGCGUUAACGAGGUUGUCGGCGGGCAUGAACUGGCAGUCAGAAAAGUUUGCUGGUCUCCACACCAUUCUAAUAUUUUCCUCUCAACAUCUUACGAUAUGACUUGCUGCGUAUGGCAGGACGUCAGUUAUACUGAUAGACGCAGCACAGGGAAAACAAACAGCAUAGAUCCCAAUCGGGGUUGUCGAUUUAAGUUUACCCAACAUUCAGAGUUUGUUUAUGGUGCGGAUUGGAGUUUGUGGGGCCAACCAGGUUACAUUGCAUCGACAGCAUGGGAUGGUAACGUUUUCAUCUGGAAUGCUUUCCAAAGAUGA